AGCAAAAGUCACGCAGCACGUAAACAACUAAUAAGAAUAUCGAUAGAACCUGCAGCCCCAAAAUCACAAAUUCCAGCCGGCAGCUUUCUGAAUCGUAGCCUCUCCUCAAACGUCAAUUUAAGACCCAGGCCAAUCCGAUGGACAAGCGCGUCACAGUUCUGUUGCCCAACGGGCGGAGGCAGAACGUGAGCGUGACAGCAAACAUGACGCUGCUGGAGAUCCUGGAGACGGCCUGCACCAAGCACGGCUACGACGCGGAGGAGCAUUGCCUCAAGUUCCACAACAAGGAGGUCGGACUCACACAGCAGUUUCGCUUCAGCGGACUACCAAACAACUGUGUUCUGGAGAUGGAGACCACGGAGAAGCGACGAGUUCUGAGCAACGUCCUGGUCUGUGUACAGCUGAAUGACGGAUCGCGCCCCCAGGCCGACUUCUCACCAAAUGACACCGUUUGGCUAGUGGUCCAAAAGCUCUGCGAGUCGCAGGUUAAGGGUUUCGAGAGCCCCGUGAUUGUCUACAUGCGCAGCGAGGUUAUUGGACAGGAGCAGAUGCGGCAGACAACUCUAAAGUCCCUUGGCAUCCUGGAGGGUCGCGCGAUGAUGCGGCUGAUCGACAAGAAACCCGAGGAGCUUAAGACCCAGGCAAAUGUGUACAAAGCUCCUGCAGUCAAAUCUACAGCGGUUAACGACGAUCAACCCAGCACAUCCCGCUCUGCAAUGGCAGCUGGUGGUAGCGGCCGAGGUGGUGGCUUUGCCCUUACAAGUAACAUGAUAAAGAACCUGAAGCGUACUGCACCUGAAGAAAACGCCAGUGGUAGUGAAGCAGCAAAGCCAUCGGAAAAAUCAGAUCAAGAGCAGAAGUCACAGCCAGAGCCACCUAAAUACGAUUGGGGCACUGGGUCUGGAUACUCUAUGCACCAUCCACCUGGGCGGAGACCGGCUGAACACGAAGUCGAGGAAAACCCUGGUCGAGCACCUCCAGUGGUAAAUGUGAUUGGGCCGCGCCAGGCGGUGCUCUUCUCUUUGGACGAGACCAAGAAAAACGCGGAUGAUCUGCCGGACUCCUUUUUUGACCUGACCGUCAACGAUCUAAAAAUGGUGCUGCGCGAUUUGAAGCGGACUUCGAGUGGAGACGACGACGCUCCCUUGCUGACAGCCAAGCUUAGGGAGUUGGAGCGCCAAAAAGCAAUGUUGGCUAAGCUGAAUCAAUACAAAGACUGUGUGCUGCGCAUCCAGUUCCCCGAUCGCUUUGUGCUUCAAGGCAUCUUCAAGCCGCACGAGCCUCUUUCCAAGGUGGAGGACUUUGCUCGCGAGUUCUUGGCCCAGCCAGGCGAGCAGUUCCACCUCUUCACCAUCCCGCCGAAGAAGGUACUGCCCUCCAAUGAGACGCUCCUGGAGCUAAACUUUGUGCCCAAUGCCAUUGUGCACUUCAGCUUCCUCAAGGACACGUUAAAUGCGGUUAGCAACCGCUUCGUGAAGGAGCAGUACGUGAGUCAGCUCACCUCCGAGGAAGGAGCGCAUUAUGCCGUACAGAAAUACCGCCUCACCCGGGCAACGGGCACUGGAUAAUAAAUAAAUGGCUUUAAGCGAACAGUUUGCGUGAUAUUAAAGGAAUCCGCUUUAUUUCUAUAUCUCUUAAA